UCUUCCAAUUCAUCAGUCAAAAGCAAAAUGUUGAAGAAACUCCUUCCAGCUCUUCUCGUUGUCUCCAGCUUUAAUCUGGGAUUUUCCUACGAUAAAUACGCUACUCAAAUAUUGAAUGGAAACCCAAACAACUUAGCCAUUAACUCGAGCCCGUUCAUCAAGAUCAAUGAUGGAUACUAUUACUUUGGACAGGAUCAGGUAAAUUGGUAUGUCGCCUAUGAGAUCUGCCGCAAGUUAGGAUCCGAAUUGGUGACCUUCGAAACUGACGGCGAGUUUGAUGCCGUUAUUGGGUAUAUAAAGGGCCAGGGCAUACGAGCGAACUACUGGACUUCCGGCAAUGACCUGGGAAAAACAGGCACCCACAAUUGGUUUAGCAAUGCUCAGCGCAUAAAUAUAAAUCGGUGGGCCCCCAGACAACCCGACAAUUACAAAGGAAGAGAGCAUUGCAUACAGUUUGGUUACAUAUACGGAAGCUCGAAGGAUUACCAACUAGACGAUAGUCCCUGCGGCGAAUCAAAGAAUUAUGUUUGUAAGGCUCCAAAGCAAGAAACUAUAUCAAUUACUGUUUGGAAAUAGAGCUGAUUCAUAAGUUGUAAUCG